AUGGCGGCGCCGAGAGAGCGCAGCAACUACUUUGUGAGAGAAAUUGAGAAAAACGACGGGUCCCUUUUAUCAGUGAGCCAAUGUUUCGUGGGAGACGUUGGCUGCGUGGUGUGGGAUGCGGCCAUUGUUCUCGCUAAAUAUUUAGAGACGAAACAAUUUUACGAUCCGUCCUCUGGAGUUAAUUUAUGGGCUGGUCGAAGAGUGGUGGAGUUAGGAGCUGGGACGGGGGUCGUUGGUUUGAUGGCAGCAACGCUGGGUGCUCAUGUGAAUGUAACAGACUUGGAGGAUCUACAGACCCUCCUGAAAGUGAACAUUCAAGACAAUCAGACUCUCAUCAGUUGUGGAUCCAUAACUGCCAAGGUACUGAAAUGGGGUGAAGAUGUAUCUGGUUUCCUUCCACCUCCAAACUAUAUACUGAUGGCAGAUUGCAUUUAUUAUGAGCAGUCGAUUAUUCCACUGGUGAAGACCUUGAAGUUGCUCAGUGGACCAGAGACUUGCAUCAUUUGUUGCUACGAGCAACGCACGGAGGGUAUCAACCCCAAAGUAGAAAAUCAGUUUUUUGAGUUGCUGCAACAAAGCUUCACUUGUGAAGAGAUCCCUUCAAGCAAACAAGACUGCAAGUUUAGCAGUCCAGACAUCCACAUUCUGCAUGUUAGGAAAAAAGUAGGUUUGUAAAAUAGAAUUUGUGUAAAUAGCUGUUUCUGUAGGAGGCGAUACUCUGGACUACACCUGAGGACCAGACAUCCCAAGUUCCAAAAACUCAUUUCAGGGAGAUAUUUAUUGACCCAAACCCCCUCCCCCCUCGUCCAAACAUGCCAACAACAAGAAACCCCACCUAACCCUAUGUGCCCAAUACAUAUACGUACAUACCUAAAGGGGAAGUUCAGAAUUUUUGUCAUUAGGCAUUAUCUUCGAAUUAGCGGGGGUUUAAUCAGUCUCGGUGGAGUUGAUGUCGACAAAUUCUGUGUAGUUUGUUAGUUAUUUAUUAGUUUCUGGGCUCCAGAGUGGCUAAGCUUGCGCAAGUCAAUUAGGCCGACUCAGCAUGCCAAUUAAAAAAACAACAUAUGUACACAUGAAAAUCAUCGAUGACCCAUGCAAUCAAUAGUGUUGGCUAUGUUUUCAGGAUAAAGUUAUUAAAACUUACCAUUGCAUGUCAAGAAUUGCAGUAUGAACAGCAACAUUUGUCAUCCAGCAGCUCUGCAGGUAGCAGGGCAGAGUGAUAUCACAUGUUUUUUUCACCACUGAUUUUUAUGUCGUAGCCAGCAGCAAGUAACCACAGUUUAUUUUGUUCCUCAUUCUUCAUAGGGAAUCUGUGGAAACUUUCCUUUUACCAUCUUUUCUGUUUCUACAUUCUCUAAAUGCAUAUUUUACCAUGUUGCCGUCCUUCAGUCAACUGCAGACUGAUGCUGCAUUCGACGAGGGUGGGAUGUCGGAGUGUCUAACCUCCGACCUGGAAAUACAUAAUUGGAACGCCACUCUAACUGAGAGGUCCUAGUCGCAAAGUCGAGGAAAAAAAGUACCUCAAAACUACGAGUUGCUUCAAUCUGAUGCCACUUGACAAAAUGGCGCUGCCUGUGGAAAAGCAGACAGUCAAUAGUAAAACCAAAGAAGGCAGUUUACAGUGCACACUAUUUCCCUCAGCUGUCGUUUUUCCUCCACUAUUUGAUCGCUUAUUAGAAGGCAGGUUUGCUGGAGGUAAUGUCUUUUGAUGGCCAAAAUUAAAAAAAAAAAAAAACUUGUCACGAUCAGCCAUCUUUGCUGUUUACAUUCGCCUGGAACGCAAUGAGGUCCCAACAGGUAUCAUCCUAGUGGGAUAAGUCCGACUUUCCACCUUCCUCAAAUGCAGCAUGAGCACAAGUGGCCAAAGCACUCCUCUCUAUUGUGGUCGCGUUACACAUUUUUUUAAAAAUAGUCCUGUAGAAUGAAAUUAAUUACGGCAGUUUGGUGUGACAUUGUUUUGGCCACGUGGGUAUUUCGAACAAUGAUCUGCAUUUUGAAUUUAUUUGACUAUCUUAAAUCUGUUAAUAUUGUUUUAUAUUGGCAUGCUAAGAUUGUACCAUUGACUCGCUAGCUUAGCCACUCCGGAGCCCUGAAACGAACAAAUAUCUGACAAACUGCACGGAAUUUGUUGAAAUCAACUCCACCGACUAAUUAAACCCUCGCUAACUCAAAGAUUAAGCCUAAUGUCAAAAAUUUUGAACUUCCCCUUUAAGUGUUAACUGUGUGUAAUCCAACAUUAAAAAUGGUAGUAUCCUAUUUUUAUGUUUUUUAAAAAAGGCACCAAGGUUGCCAGCUGGGGAGCCUGACUUUCACGGUUUCCUCAGUCGAUCCAUACAAAAAAGAGUUGUCUAUUUUUGCACAUGAACAGUGAAUUGAAGAAUGUUCGAACAAUUUAAAAAAAUAAUAAAUAAAUGAUGUGAUUUUUUUUUUUAAUUAUUAAAAAAAAAAAAAAGUCUUUUUGUCUUUUCUGUUGUACCAAACCUUUACCGAAGCAUGGCCUCACUUUCAUUUUGAGUAUAACUCCAAAUCCAGACCUCCAUAGGUUGAUACAUUUGAUUUUCAUUGAUAUUUUUUCUUUUUGUGUGAUUUUGUUGUCAGCAGAUUGAACUACGGAAAAAAUAAAGUAUUUAAUAAAAAUAUUUCAUUCAUGUUCCCUUUCUUUUUUUGAGCAGUGGAUAAACAAUAAAAUUCUAUGUCAAAAGUUGACCAUCAUAAUUUAAUAAUUGACAAAGAAAAUGUUGUUAUUGACCCAUCUUUCAAUAUACAAAGAUUUAUUUAUAUGUUGUAUGUCUUGAUUGUUCCACAUGUCAUAUCUAUGCGGUGAAAGUUGUGUUAAUAUAUCAUUAAUUAUGACAGAAGAAGUUGUGGAUGGAACUUGGCUAAUUUAACUGGUGACAGAAAUGUUGUAAUUACACUAACGCACAUGACCCGCUCAAACAGAAUAAAAUGACAGCACAGUGUAAUGUCCACUUGUUAACUUGUGUUUUUUGGUGUUUUGUCGCCCUCUGCUGGCGCUUGGGUGCGACUGAUUUUACAGGUUUCAGCACAACAUGAGCAUUGUGUAAUUAUUGACAUCAACAAUGGCGAGCUACUAGUUUAUUUUUUGAUUGAAAAUUUUACAAAUUUUGUUAAAAUGAAAAUAUUAAGAGGGGUUUUAAUAUAAAAUUUUUAUAAC